AUGUUUCAAACGAUUGGAGGAGAUAGCAAAAAGAUAAACGACAAGAGAGAAGAAGCUAUCGACAUGAGAGAUGGCCUUUUCAAUGUCAGUGUUGUUAUGGAAAGUCGUGCUGCUACUAAAUCGGGAGAAAAUGUCAAGCUAUUGACUUUUGUGAGCAUAUUCUUCCUGCCACUUUCGUUUUGUAUGUCAGUUUGGAGUAUCAACGAUGGGAUUUUCAGUCUUCGAUUACUGGAGAUUGUUACCAUCGUUGUCGGACUGUCGACAUACUUCAUAGUUUUCAAUCUUGACAGCUUCAUGAAUUUAUCACGAGCACUGCAUCAAAGAUUUGUUGUCUUUGCAAUCUCGAUGAUGGAAAUGGAGGCUUCACACACUACCUGGGGGAAAAGAGCCUACAUUUUUGAAAAGUUCUCGGUUCAUAGGGAGAUCGAACAUAAGCCGUCGGAUUGGAGAUUGGUACAAUACUUGCUUUACCGAGCACUUGGUAUGAUAGGCAUCAUAGGAAGAUCCACGGCUCUGCUUAAGCAUACCAAACAAAGACUAUCCCUUGCCACAGUAGCAUCGAUGAAAGAGGCUCGAAAUCCAAUUUGGAGAGACCGCGCUCAACGUUUCGAAGAUGCUUGGACUGGAGGAAGUACGGACAAGCCAUCUAAUUGGCGUAUAUGUCAAUACAUUCUGGUUAAAGGGACUGGGUGUUCCCUUAUCUCUGCCUGUUUUCGCCGCAAUUCUGGGGAUCAGACUGUACCCAAAUCGAGUCAGGGUCAGGCUAUCACUGGAGACCUCGAAACCCAACAAAAUCGAGAAGCGAUAUUAUGCUAG